AUGAAAGAAUCCGCAUCUAUUAUCCUUGUUGAUGACCAUGUGGUCGUCCGGAAUGCCCUCAAAGAAUUAUUGGAAGCUAUGGGGCCAUUCAAUAUUACACACCAGUUCAAUAAUGGCAGUGAUUUUGUGGCCCAGAUACCUUUUAAUGAACCGCCCGAUCUGAUCAUUAUGGAUCUGAUCAUGCCGCUUAUGAAUGGCAAAGAAGUAUUGGAAUGGUUUAAAGAGCAUAAGGUCGAUUACCCGGUACUGAUCUUGUCCAUGGAAACGGACCAGGCCAUGAUCCUGUCUUUGUUUAACCUGGGCAUGAAGGGCUAUCUGCCCAAAGCCUGUACUGCUGAAAUGCUGAAGACCGGUAUCGAUGACAUUCUGAACAAAGGGCAUCAUUACAACGAUCUCUUGAUCGAAGCCCUGCAUAGCCCGUCUAAAACGGUUGAUAAAACAGAAGAAAUACUGAAAAACAUUAAUGGCCGUGAGCUUGAAUUUCUCCGGCUCGUAUGCCGUGAUGAAGAGUACACCUAUAAACAGAUAGCGGGCAUUAUGAAUGUGCAUCGCCGUACGAUUGAUGGUUAUCGCGAGCGUCUGUUUGAAAAAUGCAGCGUGGUUUCCAAAUCAGGAUUAGUGCAAUUUGCGAUCCGCAACAAGCUGGUAUAA